GCCUGAGCCAGCAACCAGAGGGGACGUGUGGCUCUCAUUCCCUCGGCUCUCUCCCUUGCUCCCUCUCCUCAGAGUCGUCAGCGGGGAAUAUUUAUUUCGCGUGGCUUAUCGUUUAACACAGUGCAGCAUUUAAAAGUUGUUUUGCUCUCAUAAUCAAAAGAAUAUGACCACGUCUGCAUUAAAAUGAAAGCUUAUUUUUUCUUAUGUACUCGGGAAAGAAACUCUGAAGGUGAAACAUAUCAUUAAAUCACUCGGGUGAUAAAAGCCACAGCUUUGUUGGCGAGCCUGAAGGAAAGCGAGAUAAAAAGAAUAGUUUGUCUUAACUCUCCCGAAAAGGAAAGAAAACCGGAGGGAAAGAGUGAGAGAGAGAGAGAGAGAGAAAGAGAGAGAUUUGUGGACGCUUCUCGUAACUUAUUAAAGAACUUGAGUGUUGUAUCCCAGAAGUAUGGAGUUGACAGCGCCACUUGUGUGCGGGAAUCGCGAUGGCCUGUGAUGAGUGGAAGGCCCCACGACCGCCACUGAAAGCGACUCUUUCCACCCUCCCUUGUUAUGUCUUCUGGUCGACUUUCCCAGGACGCCGUAGCAGUUGCUUGAGGCCAUGUGGUUGGGGCCACGCGUGUGGGCGUGGAUAUGGGUAUGGGUGAGUAUGGGCGUCCGUGAGUGCCUGGCAGCGUGCACCAUGGCCGAAUUCCCAUGCAGGAACAAGCAGUGCAUCAGUCUCGACCGAUACUGCGACGGGACUCCUGACUGCGAGGACAGGAGCGAUGAGCCCUCCGGCUGCUCACCUUGUAACAGGACGUACUACGGAAGAGUCGGCGCCACUUACACGCUGCAGAUUCCCCGCCCGAGGAAGGGAACUCUCCCCCACUUUUGCCAACUGACGUUCAUCGCCUCUGGGGACGUUUACGGUGACCUCGUUCAGCUGAGCAUCGAAAAGUUCAACCUGGGACGGUUCAUCUCCCACACCGCAUCUGGAUGUCCAGAUGGUUACAUGCAGAUUGAAGAACUCAGCAGACCCUUAAACUCCGGUUACUGGUGUGGCACUUCGUGGGGCCACAACGUUUUCUAUUCGGAGACUUCAGCUAUUACUGUCAUGCUUCGGGUAUUCAACUUGAGCGACGAGGAUGGACGGGCGAAUCCCGGAGCCUUUUCCCCUCAAGACACAGUCAUGCUCAGUGUAUCCUACAGAUUUCUCAAAAAGGAAAAGGCCAUUUUGCGAUACGGAGCCCCUUAUAGCCCUAGUUAUCGGGGUGAAGAUGUACCAAACACAUUUUGUGACAAAUUCUUCGAGAACUGUGACAAAAAGAACUGCAAAAUCCAAUCUCCUAAUUUUCCAGGGAUGUAUCCACGAAAUCUCACGUGUUUUUACCAAAUUCGUCAAACCCGAGUGCCUGAUGGAAAAAUGGCCCUCAUUCGUGUUAGGCAAAGAAAUCCCCAUCUUAUAUAUAUAAAAGAUAGAAAUGCACCACAUCUCUCCAGAGAACGAAAAUUACAGGUUGGGACUGGUUGUCAUGUACUCCAUGAUUACCUGAUGGCUUUUGAUGGAAAUUCCACAAGAACUCCUGUUCUAGCUACGUUGUGUAAAGGAGGUGCUGCCCUUACAGGCAUAACCUCCAGCAGCUCUGAACUUUUACUUUUGUUCCACGCAUCUCCAUUUGAUUUCCCUUUCCAGGAUUCUCCACGUCGAAGAAUAUUUGGAUUUGAAUUAGAUGUAGAGGUUGAAUUUGUGGACAGAGAAUCCACGGCUUACAUACGCGAAGGUAAAUCCUGUGAUUAUAUGGUGAGCAGCAGAGGGCAAAGGAGUGGAUAUAUCCAAUCACCGCUACAUUCUCUGCUUCCUAAUACAACUUGUACCUGGCGUCUUCUGGCUGGAGAAACAGAAGUGGUCUGGCUUUACUUCCUUCACUAUAGACAUGUUCUUCAUCCAGAAAUGCCACCACCAGCACAGUGUUCGAAUACACUCACUAUUAGUGACGGAGACACAUUAGCACCGCCUACAGAGAGCACCCCAACGAUCAUUAUGGACCCAUAUUUGAAUAUGACUUUUAAUGGCACAGAAGAGAACUCGACAAACACAGGUGUCACUGUAAUGGGGCAAUUUUGCCGUCCAGAAAAAUUACCUCGAGUGUGUAGUGGUGUGCAUGCACCUGGCCCUCACGCAGCCCCUUGUCUACCAGGGGAAAGCUACAUCUCAGAAUCAUCUGCUUUAACACUUUCCCUUCGAUAUGCAGCUGGGACAGCACCAUCCCACGUAGAGUUCUUAGCCAGGUAUGAAUUUGUUGAUAAGCGACAAUGGGGUGUACCGACUCCUGGAGGCGGUACUUGCGACAGGACUUUUACAAUGCAACCUGACCGGUUGUUUGCUUCCCCACGAGAUGUCUUUCUGUUUGGUAGAGGCGGAGCUCACAAAUUACGUUGUGUAUAUACAUUUAUAGCCGAACCUCACCAGCGCAUUGCCUUACGCAUUAUACGCUCAAGAAUGGGGUCAAGCUGUGGUACUUUAUACAAGCACUCUUCUGAUAGAUAUGAGUGUUCUCAUGAUGGGGCAGCAGACAAACCUGCCAUCUGGAUUACAGAAGAACCUUGGGAAGGUGUUUAUCUACCUCGUGCUUGCAUAUGCAAUAUUUCUCAUGCACAGCCAUUUACCAUCAUAUCUUACACAAAUAUAAUAAAAAUUAUUUUCACAAUACCUGUCAUGACCCCUUCCAAUGACUAUAAUGAUUUUUUCUUAGAAGGAGAGUACAAUAUGAUAGAAACUAAGGAAAUUAAAGAAAAAUCAAGCAGUAAAGAAUGUCAGCCUGGUUCCCGCCAUCUUGGAGGCCGUCAUGGAAAUUUCACUGUGGGGAGUGGCAAAGGAAAUUAUUGCUUGUCCUUGCCUCGCCUCGUGACGGCUGCAGAUGGAUCCUUCUUGUUUCUCCGUAUCCGGGGAUUUAGUGCCUCUGAGACCAACUGCCAAAUUUCAGGACGUAUCAACGUCUAUGCUGUGGGAGGUCUAGCACCUAUUGCUUCCAUCUGUCCAGGACAAAAUGAAGAUUUUACUCACGUUUUCAGUAGUGGGUGGAAAAGCUCUUCCGAAGGCCCCAAGGAUGAACAUGAUCCCACAAAUCCCUGGGUGAAUAGUUCUAUGAACAUGGGCCAGAGUAAUUAUUACUUCCACCAGCAGCAAGUUGAUUAUCAAAAAAGGGGAAGGCAUUACCAGCGUCUUAGGCAGCAGAUGUCUCGAGAUCUAGUAGUGGAGUAUGUCGGAAACCAAACAGGGCGAUACAUGAUCACCUGGAUAGGGGUCUGGAAGCCCAUGCAGACGGCCCCUUUGUCUCCUGUAGGAGUGGAUCUCUGUCCACAUCGAUGUCCAGAGAUUGAAGCUUGUCUUCCAGCAGAUCUGUGGUGUGACGGGGCUGUUCACUGCCCAUCGGGCUUAGAUGAGGGAGCAGCAGCCUGCGGUCUUUUAGCUGCCCUUCCUUGGGUAUAUCUAGCGGCAGGUAUUGUCUUGUUUAUUUCUUUAGUUGCUCUUUUAGCGGCAGUGGUUGUUCACAGGCGUCGCGUUCAAGCGCAGAAAGAAAUCGAAGCCUCUAUAGUUAGUAAUAACAGCCAUGGCGGGCUAAAGAGCACCACGCAGGACUUCCUGAUACCGCCUGACAAGGAUGGGUGGUGACAAGAGGCCCCUUCUGGCGACGUGGUGCGGGUGGACUACGAAACCACCGUGUAGCCCUGACGAAGCAGGAUGGGCUGGAGGGCAGUGACCGGGAUGGGUGCUGUGGUCCACGUCGCCUGUCGUUGGGAUGGGGCGCAAUCAGAAGAUAUCUUUAGAUAAAUGUGUAAUAUAGACGUCUUGUAUAUACAUUUUUGAUACCUGUACAUAUGUACACAGCCGUUGAAGAUUUUUUACGAAUGCAGACAGUUGUUAUAGAAAACACAGAUUGCAUAUAUUAUAUCGUAUGAUGAUGUAUAGAAAAUGGUGUGCGUGGAUGUCAAUAAAAGAAAAUGUGAACGUAUAUAUUCUAUAAUCUUCACUGUUACUUUCAUCAAGCAUCCAAUGUUUGUUGGCGGCGAAAUGGUGAGGAAAUGUUGUAUUCUUCAAAUUUUAUAUAAAAUAUUAAACACAGAUAAAUAUUCGAAAUGAGCAUAUGGAAAUCAAUUAUGCUUCUGGUGCCGAUGGGUCAUAUGCACAAAUUUAUUUCCUUCUAACCCCCAGAUCGAAUAUUAUACAUAUAUUUGUUGAAUGGAAAUUAUGUAAUCAUUUGUUCCUUUAUGAGUAUGAAGUAGAAAAAAAACAAAAUAUCAUAGUUUAGAGUAUAUUUAGUCUGCUAUAAGUCUCUAAGUAUGGAAUUCUUCUUAGAUGUUACGAAUAUGACAGAAGACGAGUGAAAGUGGCAGUGUGAACGUGAUGAAUGCGGUGAGGGUGAGGGUGGGGUCGUGGUGGUGCAUUGUCGUAUUUGUAAAAUUAAUGUUUGUUA